AUGGACACUAAUUACAAGGAGCAACUGAUUUGGUACGAGAAUACAGUAAAGCCAUACGCUGUUCGACCUAUUUCCGUCAAGACACGGGUCUGGCACGCAUCUGCCACGAAAGUCCCUUCCCCAUCAAAACAACUCAAAUUAGCGAGAAGUUCUAGAAACUCGAACGACAAUAACAAAGCUCUACCAACAGCACGCCUUGAACCUAGCAAGCCAACUCGUGACGAAGCUAGUGCUGAGCAAUUUGCCAUUUGGACAACAAACAUGGAAACGGACAACGAGGAACAAGAGAGCUGCUCUUCAUUACUUAAAUUUCAGACAACCAUUGAUGCGGAUAGCAACCUUAAAAGUUCGAAACAGAGCGAUAAACACUUGAUUGAUCUCAAUGCCAGCAAUCAGAAACCGAUAAUAAGCGAUUCAGUAGCCGAGGUAAUUGGGAUUAUAACACAGUUGGAAUGGAUUUCAGCUACUGAUUCCUGUGUAUGA